CUCACAUCUGAUUCCACACUUCUCAGUAGUAUUACUGUUGGCGUUAAUAUCUCCCAUAUUUUUCCAAAAUUACAUUCAAGUGCAGCUCAGCAUGCUUCGCCGAAGUCAUAAAAAGUCCAAGAAGGGAUGUGUACAAUGCAAGCGACGUCAUGUCAAGUGCGAUGAAGGCCGCCCAACAUGUCUCCUCUGUACAAUGUCCAACCGAGACUGCAGCUUCGCCUCCGACCCGCAACAACCCCAAGACACAAAUUCAUCAACAUCAGACCCAUCGUCUCGUGAAGGAUCACUCCUCAAUCCUGACACCAACCCCAGAUCAACCAGCGCAACAUCUUUCUCCAAUAGCCAUGAAACAUCUUUUGAUAGCGUCGUCAACAUGGAGCACAUGGAACUCUUCAUCCAUGGGAUAACAAACAAAGACUUGUUUAGUCUUGGUGAUAGAAUCGAACACUCUCAAGAGACCCUUAAUAUCUGUCUUAAAGAGAGCGCCAAGGCACCGUAUCUCUUACAUCAAGUGCUGGCGUUUUCUGCACGUCAUCUUGCAGCUAUUCAUCCUGAGCGCUCAGCGAGAUACCUGGAUCAAGCUGUCAAGUUACAGACGCGAGCUGUAUUUCUGUUCAAUUCUACGAGACGGGAGGUCGAUGCGUCGAAUUGUCUCCCUAUUCUCUUGUUCUCUGUUACUCUUGGGCAUCACCUCCUCGCCGACGCCUUGGCUACCCGGACUCCUGAUGGUCUUGAUGGCUUCCUCACCCAUUAUGUUCAAUGUGUCGAGAUGAACUGGGGCUUGUAUCGCUUAACACUCUCCGCUUGGCCGUUGCUUCUAAACACAGAGCUUGAACCAGUUCUUUCAUGGAGUAGUCGACAAUCCUCCAAAGACCCCAUAGGAAACCACUGCGAACCCAUAGUCCAGCUUAUUAAAGACUCAACUGCUUUGUCAAAUAAGGAAAAGGAAGUUUGCCAUGAGGCAAUACAGUACCUCCAACUUGGUUUCGAUGGCAUUGAAGAGGACGUUGCCAGUCGAUAUCGUAUGAUAUUCCAAUGGACGAUGCUAGCGUCACCCGAGUUGACAAGCCUGUUAGCUACAAAACGACCCGAAGCUCUGAUUUUGCUGAGUUAUUACGCCUUGUUAUUGCACCACGGACGAAGUCUCUGGCAGAUUGGUGAUACAGGGGUAUACUUGCUAGGUCUCAUCAUGGACUAUCUUGCGCCAGAGUGGCAUAUCUGGCUUGAGUAUCCACGACGAAUGAUGCGACAAAAGUGAAGCCGUAUAUCUCCCUAACAGAAGAAGCUGGUCUACAGCA